GGUGGAGCAGAAAAGGGGAGAAGUGGAUCUUCCUCAGCUCUAAAGAUGCAGACCUGACAAACGAAGCUGAGACGAGGGCCAUCUUCGAGAAAUAUCAGCCCACACAUGUUAUUCACCUCGCAGCAAUGGUGGGCAGUCUCUUCAUGCACAUGAAACAGAACCUAGACUUCUGGAGGAAAAACAUGGCUAUGAAUAUUAACGUGCUGCACAUGGCUCACGAGUUUGACGUGGAGAAAGUCGUCUCGUCUUUGUCCACAUGCAUUUUCCCGGAUAAAACCUCUUACCCGAUUGAUGAGACUAUGAUCCAUGAUGGUCCUCCACAUGAGUCAAACUCAGGUUACUCCUAUGCCAAGAGGAUAAUUGAUUUAUAUAACAGAACCUGUUUUCAGCAGUAUGGACGGCGAUACACGGCGAUUAUUUCCACAAAUAUCUUUGGCCCAUAUGACAACUUCCACCUUGAGCAUGGUCACGUUUUAUCUGCACUCAUCCACAAAACCUACAAAGCAAAGAGGGACGGAACAGCUCUGCAGGUUUGGGGUUCGGGUAGAGGACUACGUCAGUUCAUCUUCUCUCUCGAUGUGGCUCGUCUUUUUGUGUGGGUGCUGAGAGAAUAUGAGGAAAUCGAGCCCAUCAUUCUCUCAGUUGGAGAAGAAGAUGAGAUAACCAUUAAGAAUGCAGUCAAUGCAAUUAUAGAAGCAUUCGGCUUCACGGGACCUGUGAUUUAUGACACAAGCAAAUCAGACGGUCAGCUGAAGAAAACGGCGAGUAACACCAAACUGAGACGCUACCUUCCUAAUUUCACCUUCACUCCAUUCCAUACAGCUGUGAAGGAGACAUGUGAUUGGUUUGCUGAUAAUUACAACAUCGCUCGUAGAUGACCAUUCGGCUCAAACCACCAAGUGAUGAUCUUUUUACACUUUUUACACUUUACCAGAACUUGGGGUUAAAUUGGUUGUAAACACUUUUCUGUUUUAUUCUUUACAAUCAAGGGGGGAAAAUGCAUAUGAUCUUAGGAUAUUUAAUUUAAAACAUAUGAAAAUUUUUCUUUAAAUCUAUCUGAUGGGGCUUUGUAAUCUCAUUAAUGUAAUAAUAAAAAACACCUUUAUUUGCCA